GCCUGGUGUCUGUCUCCUCCUAGACAACUUGAACGAGCUAAUUAUAAUUUCUCUUCUGAGACAAAGUAGCAUCAACAAAUUUUAUGCUCCCUAUGCUGGAACAUCUUAAAUAAAACUCUGAGUCUUCUGGUUCUACCCACCACACUGUCAAAAAAAAAAAAAAAAAAAAAAACACAGGGUGAGAUCUCUGCUCCCAUUUCCUGGAUGUCAUUCAGUUGAAUACUAGAGCUGCUGCCAGUCUGACAGUUUUCUCGCCCCACUCCGCUUGCAGCAUGGCUCAAGUGGAAGAGAACUACACUGAAGUGUCAACGUUUAUUAUUGUGGGCUUUCCAGGUCUGCAGCUGGAGUAUUUUCACAUGGUGGCAUGGUUUUUGUUCAUCCUCUAUGUGACCAUAGUGAUGGGAAACCUGGUGUUGGUGGUGAUGUUUGCUCUGGAGCACAGUCUCCAGAAGCCCAUGUACAUCAUCAUGGUCAGCCUGGCUCUCUCAGACAUCGGCUUUACCACAGUGGCUUUACCAAAACUUAUUGCUCGCUAUUGGUGGAAUGAUGCGAGUAUUGGCUUUUACACAUGCCAUUUCCAAAGACACAUGAUCCACUAUUUUGGGAGUUUGAACUCCCUGAUUAUGCUGACCAUGUCUGUGGAUCGGUAUCUGGCCGUCUCUUUUCCUCUCAGAUAUCCCAUGCUGAUGACGGCCCCAACUAUGACAAUCCUGACAGUUUUCUCCUGGUUAGUGGCACACGUCUUCCCUGGUGUCACCUCCAUUAACUUUAUCCAGAUAUCUUUUUGUGGAUCAAACCAAAUCAUACAGGCCUUUUGUGACACCUUAUCCCUUGCCGCUCUUGCAUGUGGGGAUAAACGUUAUCUUUCCAUGGCUUCAUACGCCACUGCAAUGUUUAUCCUUCUUGUUCCUUUGAUCUUUGUGAUAUCCUCCUACUUUUGCAUCAUAAUCUCAGUCUUUCACAUGACCAGCGGACAGGGCAGAAGGAAGACCUUAUCGACGUGUGCCACCCAAGGCUGCAUCAUUUCAAUCUACUACAUACCACGGUUCUUCGUCUACUCCGUACCACACAUUCCUAACAUGAAGAUGACCCCGGACAGCCAAAUAGCCACAACAUUUUUCUACAGCUUCUUCCCUCCGCUCAUAAACCCGUUUGUGUACUGUCUGAGAACCAAGGAGAUCAAGGCAAUAUUGAGCCGCUGGGUUCAGAGAUUACAGGUUUUUCAGCCCAAGUCCAGCAAAACGGCCACUGUUCCCAAAGUAAAAUGAAAAAACUUAAACCAUGUUUUCAUUUAAUGCAUCUUUCUGUAAUAAUAUAUGGUUAUUGUUACCACCUUGGUUUCCCAGCAUUCUAUCACUUGUCUCUAGAAAAGACGAUUCUUCGCUCAUAACUUUGAAAUUUUAAGCUUUUGAAAGGUGAAUUCAAACCUCAGUAAUCCAUUGGGUACCACGCAGUACCCAGAUGAAAUGCUAUCAAAUAGAUUGAAAUAGAUUUAUUUCUUAUUUUAAUUUCUAAAAGUGGUAAUAAUUUUAAUUGAAUUUGGAUGUAUGAUUGUUUAUAUUUAAGUAAAU